AGGCCCAUAGCGUUGCGCGCCUGCCACAACAUCGCGUUCAGAUGUUCAUCCCCUCGUGCGCCGCUCCGCCGCGGCCGUUCCGCCACAUAAACCGUUCGCGACCGCGCAGGCUCCCCAGUCUCCGUACUCCCGCUCCCGAGCUCGUGAUUCUCCACGGCUACCAUAGUACCAUGGCGCGGCAAAUAGCGCCUUCCAGAAGCUUCCACCGCCUCCUAACAUCUCAGCACUACCCGACCGCCUCCCCGGCGCCACCGCCCCGCCCUCUCCUCCUCCCGAAAGCCCUAUCGCUUCAACUCCCUCGCCGGGGUAGACGGGACUUCGUUGCCGCUUCCGCCCCGGCGCCCUCUUCGCCUGUGACCGAGACGGCGGUCGGGGCAUGGGGGAAGGUCUCCGCCGUGCUAUUCGACAUGGACGGCGUGCUCUGCGACAGCGAGGAACCGUCGCGCCGCGCCGCCGUGGACGUCUUCGCCGAGAUGGGCGUCGAAGCCACCGUGGACGACUUCAUCCCUUUCAUGGGCACAGGUGAGGCCAAUUUCCUUGGAGGUGUUGCCAGGGUGAAAGAAGUGAAGGAUUUCAAUCCUGAAAGUGCCAAGAAGCGCUUUUUUGAGAUAUAUCUCGACAAGUAUGCUAAGCCAAAUUCUGGCAUUGGAUUCCCAGGAGCUCUAGAACUCAUCAUGGAGUGCAAAAGUGCAGGGCUGAAGGUCGCUGUUGCAUCUAGCGCCGAUAGGAUUAAGGUGGACGCAAAUCUGGCUGCUGCUGGUUUGCCUGUGUCGCUAUUUGAUGCCAUUGUUUCCGCUGAUGCAUUUGAAAAUCUGAAACCUGCUCCAGACAUAUUCCUUGCAGCAUCUAAGAACUUAGGUGUUGACACAAAUGAGUGCAUUGUGAUAGAAGAUGCGCUUGCUGGAGUUCAAGCUGCAAAAGCUGCAGAAAUAAGAUGUAUUGCUGUGACGACUACUCUAGAGGAAGAUGAAUUACAACAAGCCAGUCCUGUGUUUAUACGGAAAGACAUUGGAGACAUUUCAAUUAAUGACAUCCUGUAUGGUGGUUCUAGUGCUCACCACAUUGGUGCAGAUGAGCGGACAGAAAAUACCAAGAAUAUUAGUUCCUUAGAAAAUGCUUCUCCUAAGACUCUGAGCGAAGCAACUAAUGCUGAAUUUAUUGAGAACACGUACUCUCCAAGUUCGAAAGGCCAGUUUUAUGAAGGGUUGUUGGGUUCCCGUCGGGAUAUAUUAAGAUAUGGAAGUCUUGGAAUAGCUUUUUCCUGUUUUUUGUUUACUAUCAGAAAUUGGAAGGCAAUGCAGUUUGCAUCCCCUAAAGGUCUGCUUAAUUUUUUCACGGGUGGCGAUAGUUCAAUUUUUGCAAGUAAUGAAGGAGAAUCACGCUCAUCAAGGGUUCAACAAAUAAAGAAGUAUUUAUCUGAUUUUGAAACUGGGGGCUCUGCCACUUAUGUACCUGAGUUCCCAAGAAAGCUCGACUGGUUGAAUACAGCUCCACUUCAGUUUGGAAGAGAUUUGAAAGGAAGAGUAGUCGUACUGGAUUUCUGGACCUAUUGCUGCAUCAACUGCAUGCAUGUCUUGCCAGACCUGGAGUUUAUAGAGAAGAAGUACAAAGAUGAACCUUUCACUGUCGUUGGUGUGCACUCUGCCAAAUUUGAUAAUGAAAAAGAUCUUGAAGCCAUCCGCAGUGCUGUCCUUCGGUACGACGUUACUCAUCCGGUUGUAAAUGAUGGUGACAUGUACAUGUGGAGAGAACUGGGGGUGAACUCUUGGCCUACAUUUGUGGUUAUUGGGCCCAACGGAAAGGUUCUAGCACAAAUAUCAGGCGAAGGCCAUAGAAAGGACCUUGAUGAUGUAGUUGGUGCAGCUCUUGAGUUUUAUGAGGAAAGGAAAUUACUUCAGAAUAAUUCCCUCCCCUUGGCAUUGGAGAAAGACAGGGAUAAUCGAUUAAUAACUUCACCACUGAAGUUUCCUGGGAAACUUGCCAUCGAUGUACAGAACAAUCGAUUAUUUAUAUCAGAUAGCAACCACAAUCGGAUUGUGGUCACUAAUCUGGAUGGGGAAUUUAUAUGUCAAGUUGGAAGUUCUGAAGAAGGAUUACUUGAUGGCCAGUUUGAUACUGCCUCAUUUAAUCGCCCUCAAGGUCUUGCGUACAAUUCCAAAAAGAAUAUCCUAUAUGUUGCAGACACUGAGAACCACGCACUGCGAGAGAUUGAUUUUGUUAAUGAGACUGUCAGAACACUAGCUGGAAAUGGAACCAAAGGUUCUGAUUACAAAGGAGGAGGUCGAGGAACUAAUCAGGUACUAAAUUCACCAUGGGAUGUCUGCUAUGCUCCCUCCGAGGAGACUGUGUAUAUUGCAAUGGCCGGACAACAUCAGAUCUGGAAACACAACACAAGUGAUGGUGUAACGGAAGUUUUCAGUGGUAACGGCUACGAAAAAAAUCUGAAUGGUUCAAGCCCCACCAACACAUCGUUCGCUCAGCCAUCUGGGAUUUCAUUGGAUCCUGAAUUGCAGGAGUUAUUUGUUGCUGAUAGUGAAAGCAGUUCCAUUCGAGGUGUUAGUUUGAAGUCAGGGGGCUCAAGAUUGCUUGCUGGGGGAGAUCCAUUGUUUCCAGAUAAUUUGUUUAGGUUUGGAGAUCAUGAUGGGACUGGUUCAGAUGUGCUACUCCAGCAUCCCUUGGGUGUUGUCUAUGCUAGUGAUAAUCAAAUAUAUGUUGCAGAUUCUUACAACCACAAGAUAAAAAGGUUAGAUCCUGUCACAAAAAAAGUUAUAACAAUAGCUGGUACCGGACGUGCAGGAUACAAGGACGGUCCAGCCUUGUCAGCUCAAUUAUCUGAGCCAGCAGGACUUGUUGAAGUGGGAGAAGGAAGGUUUCUUGUAGCUGAUACAAACAACAGCACAAUCAGAUAUAUAGUUUUGAAUGAGAGAGGUGCUGAGGUGCGCACACUAGAUUUGACUGGAGUGCAGCCACCAUCACCAAAACCAAAGGCAUUGAGACGCCUAAGACGACGGUUAUCAGCAGACACAAAUGUUAUUAAUGUUGAUGGAGGUUCUCCAAUGGAAGGAUAUUUGUCUCUUGCAAUCUCAGUCCCUGAUGGUUACCAUUUCUCGAAGGAAGCUCGCAGCAAAUUUGAAGUAGAAACAGAACCUGCUGAUGCAAUUGAGAUCGAGCCAGUGAAUGGUUUUCUAGACUCAGACGGGCUGGCCUCACUCAAGUUCAAAAGAACAUCUUCAUCAUCAUCAAUGGGAAGGAUCAACUGCAAGGUUUACUACUGCAAAGAAGAUGAAGUUUGUCUUUACCAAUCUGUUGCUUUUGAUGUCAAAUUCCAAGAGGGGGUAUCCAGUCCUGGACAAACUACUCUAACCUAUACUGUGGUGCCAAGGGAUAAUGCAGGUAGUUCACAAUUAAUAGCUGCUACUAAGAAUUCUAAGGUAUAGUUAGAUCUGCGGUGAUUAUGUACUGUACAUUCUUGUCCUGAACGUGACUUUGUCUUUAGUCUCACAACUAACUUUUGACGAUGUAUGUUGUGUGGCUGACAUGCUGCUUCACCCUUUGCUCCAUUAAUAUAUUUUUAUAUCCCGAUGGUGGGACAUCAAAAUCGAUUA